UAGCGCACAAAUCCACAGUGGAGGCCUCGUUUCGUGACUUUGUUACGCUUACAGUGUAAAUAAAGCAUUCUGGUAAUGAAAGGAAAUGUAUAUUUUACCUUUCUAAAAAUGUUUACACGUAUUUUUAAUCAGCCCACGAAAGGUUACCAGAACUCUUUAAAGCUUUAUAUUUAUAUGAAUUCAGUCAAGUUAAAAUAAUAAUGAAAUAUUGACACAACCAUAAAAUAGAAUCGAAUAAAGCUCGAUUUUUUUUAAAAAAGUAUUCUCAAGUAGUCGGGAUUUUUUUCUUUAUUUUUUUCAGCUUCUUAUAAAAUGAUAUGUAUUACGUUUUUAUUGAAUAACGAUUUGAAUCUCCCAACUUAAAGACAUUCACUCUAAUUCCACCUUAAACACUAAACCCACUACGGGGGACGGUCUCUCUCCCUCUUUCUCCCUCCAGUGGCGAAACCUUUCACUAAACCUGUGUUGUGUGUGUUUAUUCAGUUGCCGUGUUAUUCAGGAAUGGGUGAAAUGAGAAGAGCCACCGCUUUGGGGUCGCUUUGUGCACUUUUUCUGUUGACUUUGUGUUUUGCACAAGACACUCUUUGGCACUAAACGGACUUUCUGUCGACGUCAGCUUCAGCAGGAAGUUUUCAAUUGUGAGAUAUGACUUCAGAAAAUAAAGAUUCAGACACCAUGCCGGACCCCCUGCUCAUCCAGGAGAGUGGGGAAGUGUACAGAAACCCCACUGAAGUGCAGAUGAGUCAGAUCGUGCUGCCCUGUCAUGCCAAUCACUGUGGGGAGCUGAGUGUUGGACAGCUGCUGAAGUGGAUGGACUCCACAGCCUGUUUAUCUGCUGAGAGACAUGCAGGUUGCUCCUGUAUCACUGCAUCGGUGGAUGACAUUCAUUUUGAACACACCAUAGGGGUAGGAAAGGUUGUUAAUAUCAUCGCAAAGGUCAACAGAGCCUUUACGUCCAGUAUGGAGGUGGGCAUUUUAGUGACUUGCGAGGACCUUUACACUGACAGGCAGUGGAAGGUUUGCCACGCCUUUGCAACCUUUGUUGCCAGAAGGACAGAAGCUGGGAAGGUACAGCUGAAGCAGGUGAUUGCUCACACACAAAUGGAGCAGAUGGAGUACAGCCUGGCAGCAGAGCGGAGGAGGAUGAGGCUCAUCCACGCUGAGAUUAUCACAGACCUACUGAGCAGCAGCACAGCUCAGCUGGGAGAAUGCCAGGAGUAUCAGGACGCUGUGGCAGCUGAGCGGACACGUGUUGAGAGUGUAGAGCUGGUGCUUCCGCCCCAUGCCAACCACCAAGUCAGCACUUUUGGGGGCCAGAUUAUGGCCUGGAUGGAAAAUGUGGCUACAAUUGCAGCAAGUCGCCUGUGUAACGCUCAUCCAACCCUGAGGUCCAUAGACAUGUUCCAUUUUCGUGGCCCGUCUCACAUCGGCGACCGACUGGUACUGAAAGCUAUUGUUAACAAUGCCUUCAAGCACAGCAUGGAGGUGGGAGUUUGUGCUGAGGCCUACCAGGGUGGAGAACCUCUGCGCCACAUAAAUAGUGCCUUUAUGACCUUUGAGGUGCUGGACAGUGACAGGAAACCAUGCACGCUGCCACGGAUACGACCUGAGCCUGUGGAUGGAAAAAGACGCUUUCAAGAAGCUAUUGCCAGAAAGAAGAUUCGCCUUGAUAGGAAAUAUAUCAUCUCCUGCAAGCAAACUGAAGUGCCCUUGUCUGUUCCCUGGGAUCCAAGUAACCAGAUGUACCUGAGCUACAACAAUGUCUCAGCGCUGAAAUUAAUGGACAACAGGAACAACUGGGUGUUGGCUUCGGAGAAAAAUAAGGUCAGAUUGUACACACUGGAGGAAAACCAAAUGCUGUGUUUCAAGGUGGAGAUGAACGUCAGAGUCUCGGCAGAGCAGACGUUCCAUCUACUGUCAGACCUGAGGAGGAGAAUGGAGUGGGACCGGCAUUAUGAAGAGUGUGAGGUGAUCAACCAGGCAGAUGAGGAGGACACCAUCUAUCGCGUAGCUACACCCUCUGUCACUAAAGGGGGAAAGGGGAAGGACUUCAUCUUGCUGGCAUCUAGACGGAAGCCCUGUGAUUUCAGAGAUCCGUAUCUGAUCGCUCUACGUUCAGUCACUUUGCCCACUCACCCGCCCACGGAAGAGUACACGAGGGGAGAGGUGCUCUGUGCUGGCUUCACAAUCUGGGAAGAGUCCAGUUCUGUUACCAAGAUCACCUACUACAACCAGGCCACACCAGGUGUCCUCCCCUACAUUUCCACAGACAUUGCAGGCCUCUCCUCAAGCUUUUACAGCGCCUUUUCGGCCUGCAGCCAAUUCCUGCUGGCCAACAAGGAUAGCUUGGCUGCUCUGCCGCCCUCUGUGCUGUGACACCAGUAUUACCACAGUCUACUGAGACAAGAAGAAGAAUCAGGAGGAAAGAACAGGAUCAGCCCUCUUUGUUCGUCCCAUUUCUUGUAAAGGUGCUCACAAAAGCCAGUAAAGUCCAACGUUAACUUUGAAACGCUGGGAUUAUAAAAGGCAUUGGAUUUGUAGACGCUUCUACUUGGUUGCACCAGUAAUAAUGGUGCAGUAACGGUACACUAUAUUUUCAAUGUUGGAUUUGAAUCCUCUUAGAGCCUAAACCUUCUGUGCAAUAUUAAUUUAUAGAUUAAUGGAUCUGUUUUUGGUACGUAGUUUUAAAUAUUUAACAGAAUCUCAUUGUUUAUCUUUAGACAGCCAUGUUUUUAUUGGCACUGCCAGUUGUUACGAAAAAAAGAAAAAUUGAAAUGUUCAGUUUUCUUUGUGUAUUUUGUAUCACCUCAAAUAAAGUCUGAACUGUUGAUUAAACCUUCGAUUGAUGCAGCUAAUAUGUACAUUUCAUGUGUAAUGAUGCUGUAUAUUUUUUCUAGUCCACAAUGUAUAGUUUUGCACAAAUGUAAUUGAACUGAUUGUAUCAUAUGUGGACGCUUGAUGGUCAAAAAUCUUAAAUCAUGAUUGAACUGAAACAAUAAACUUAAAAUUGUGCUUAUUUGAA